AGCCGGUCGGCGGUCCCUCCGCAGCCUGGAAAAUACCGAGCCCAGGCGAGCGGUGCCCCCGCGCCCCCAGCCUGCCCGGAGGGAGGGAGACAGGGCGCGCGGGGCGGGGGCACGGGGCGGCCCGGCCGCGGGACCCACUGUCCUUCCCCUCGGAGCCCCCGCGCGGCCCGGUCGGCGGGGCAGCGGCAGCGCGGCGGCGGCGGCGGCGGCGCUCGCACCCCGGCCCGGCGGCCCCGGCGGAGCAGUGGGCACAGGUCCCGGGAAGGUGGCGUCAGCAUCGGCAGCCGCGUCGACGUUGUCAGAGCCUCCGCGGAGGACCCAGGAGAGCCAGACGAGGACCAGGGCCCCGGGCCUCUCCAUGGAGAAGUCUGCGGCCUCCACAGAGCCCCAGGGGCCUCGGCCAGUCCUGGGCCGCGACAGCGUCCAGGUGCCCGACGACCAGGACUUCCGCAGCUUCCGGUCAGAGUGUGAGGCCGAGGCGGGCUGGAACCUGACCUACAGCAAGGCCGGCGUGUCUGUGUGGGUGCAGGCUGUGGAGAUGGAUCGGACCCUGCACAAGAUCAAGUGCCGGAUGGAGUGCCGCGAUGUGCCAGCCGAGACACUCUACGAUGUCCUACAUGACAUUGAAUACCGAAAGAAGUGGGACAGCAACGUCAUUGAGACUUUCGACAUCGCUCGCUUGACAGUCAAUGCUGACGUGGGCUAUUAUUCUUGGAGGUGUCCAAAGCCCCUGAAGAACCGUGAUGUCAUCACCCUUCGCUCCUGGCUCCCCAUGGGCACUGAUUACAUCAUUAUGAACUACUCAGUCAAACAUCCCAAAUACCCGCCUCGGAAAGACUUGGUCCGAGCUGUGUCCAUCCAGACGGGCUACCUCAUCCAGAGCACGGGGCCCAAGAGCUGCGUCAUCACCUACCUGGCCCAGGUGGACCCCAAAGGCUCCUUACCCAAGUGGGUGGUGAAUAAAUCUUCUCAGUUCCUGGCUCCCAAGGCCAUGAAGAAGAUGUACAAGGCGUGCGUCAAGUACCCUGAGUGGAAGCAGAAGCAUCAGCCCCACUUUAAACCGUGGCUACACCCAGAGCAGAGCCUGUUGCCAAGCCUGGCGCUGUCGGAGCUGUCUGUGCAGCAUGCGGACUCGCUGGAGAACAUCGAUGAGAGCGCGGUGGCAGAGAGUCGGGAGGAGCGUAUGGGCGGUGCUGGCGGCGAGGGAAGUGACGAUGAUACCUCGUUCACCUGAGCGUGGAACCAUAACAGGGACUGAGACAAGACAGGGCAGAGCCUGGGGGUGGCUUUCUCCCCUCCCACACCCCCUGUGCCUCCUGAGGACGUUGGGCUCAGACCCAGGUUGGCACUGUGGCCUUGCUGGAUAUAGCCCUAAUAAACCAUCCCACAGCCUCA